AUGGAAAUAAGUAUGGGCCAAAAGGCUACGGUUAUGACCAGGGUGCUGGCACGUUUAAUAUGGACAGUGGCGAGAAGCUGGGCAUCAAGCCAGAGUGUUCAGCCUCACAGGCCUACAACAAAUCCAAACAUUUCUAAAUUUGCUCAGAAAUAUGGAGGUGCUGAGACGUGUUCCAGAUGUGGGGAUUUUGUAUAUACUGCCGAGAAGAUAAUUGGAGCUGGAAAGCCCUGGCACAAAAACUGUUUCCGAUGUGCAAAGUGUAGGAAGAGUCUUGAAUCAGCAAAUCUAACUGAAAAAGAAGGUGAAAUCUAUCAUAAAGGAUGCUAUGAAAAGAACUUUGGGCCCAAGGGAUUUGGCUAUGGCUAA